AUGAAGGCCGCCGUCAUCCUUUCCCUCGCCGCCCUUGCCUUCGGCUCGGCCAUCGAGAAGCGCGAGUGCUCCGGCAACAACUGCAACCGCCAGGUCACCGGCACCCGCGACGGUCUCCUCCCCCUCACCUCCCGCAAGGCCGACUGUUCUUCCUUCCUGCAGGCCACUGUCACUCCCUCCCCUACCACUGUCACCGUCACCGUCACUGCUCCCGCCCGCCUCCGCCGCAACGGUGAGAUUGUCAACCGCCAGGUCACCGCCUACCCUACCGCCAUCCCCGCCUACGCCUCCUCCUGCGACGACGCUGCCGAGUACUCCUCCGCCUGCUCCUGCUGGGGCAUCACUGCCGUCACCAGCACUGCUCCCCGUCCCACUGUCACCGUCACCACCACCGCCGACUACUGCGAGGACAUCGCCGUCGACCACUUCAGGCCCGCCCUAGACGCCAUCUUCUUCGGCCGACACCUCCCUUGGUCCCUGCGCUGGCGCCUCCUAGCCUUGCAACCCAUCAUCUUCCUAACACACUCCCUCGCGCUAGCGCCCUACCUAUUUCGACGUCCCUACAAGAUCCGCUACAUCCCUAUCACGAGUGACCGAUCUCUUCGCGUCCUCGUUUUCAAAGAGCCCGGAACGGGGUCGGGUCGCAAUGGCCUUCGCCCACUUCACGUCGACUGUCACCCCGGCGGCUUCGUGGGCGGCAUCCCGGAGGCUGACGCGCCCUUCUGCUCCCUGGUCGCGAAGGAGACUGGUGCUGUUGUCGUGAGCCUGAGCUAUCGCCUCGCGCCGGUCCAUCCCUUUCCGGCCGCUAUUGACGAUGUUGAUGCCGCGCUUGCGUGGCUGCGGGAACAUGCAGAGGAGGAGCUAGGCGCGGACCCGAGACUUAUGACGGUUUCAGGGGCGUCUGCGGGCGGGAACCUCGUUCUGGCAGCCAGCCAGAGCAUCCUCUCUGAGGAGUUUGCGAUCAGGGCGGCGGUCACGUUCUAUGCGCCAAUCGACCUUAGGCCGAAGCCGGAGGAGAAGCCUCGUCCAGCGAAUUUCCCGUCGACGGAUCCGCUAGCCUUCAUGUUGCCUCUGUAUGAUUCCUAUGCGGCACCCGCCAAAGCGGCGAACUGGGAUAACCCGAGGAUGAGCCUCUACCUUGCAAGUGAGGAGACAUUGCCAGAGAGGAUGUUGCUUGUGGUGGCUGCGAUUGACAUUACUGUUCAUGAGCAGUUGACUUUUGUUGAGAGGGUGAGAAAGGAGCGUGAGGAUAAGGGUAAGGAUGGGCAAAGUACAGAGGCCUUCUAUCUGGACAAUGCUUUCCACGGCUGUCUGGAGGCACCAAGCAUUGCCUUUUCUGUCACGAAAAAGAUGCAAUUGUGGGAAAGGGGCAUCCAUCUCAUCCAGAAUACGCAUACUGAGUAUGACUGGGCGUGGAAGGGCAGGUCGAAUCAUCCAUAA